AUGCCAGCUCAAGCAGGGGCAUACAGCCUCUUCGACGAGACGGCAUACCACUCCCGCUUGGACCAACCUUUCCUCUGGCUUCGUCACUCAAGAGACAGCCUCGCUUCAGAAGACUCCCACCUAACGUGUACCGCCUCGGCGCCGGCUGCUCCAGCGUCCUGGACGAAGGCGUUGGUCAAAGAGGUGCAAUGGCAAUUAAGAGCACCUUCAAAUCCCUUGACCAAGUCAACUGGACUUGCCGGCUUGAACAAAAACAAUACCAGCAUCGUCAAAGCGGAGGCGGCUCUUUCGCUCGAGCGUCUACCCAUACGGCGUCGCCUGUGCCAGCAUCCUGCACGCCAUUGUGGGUGGAAACCCAACAGAUGUCACAAAGACGAUCGGAAACUCCUCGACGAAGUCAAUAUGAACUCGCCAGCUCAAGCCAAAACCUAUGACACUUCCACCUCAACAUGUAGGGAUUGGCAUCAUCUGCCCGAGCAUCUGUAUCAAUAUGCGUUGAAGCCUGUAUUGACUGGCAAGGAAACACCCAGACUCCUCAACACAAUCAAAAUGGACUCGGCAACUUCUGGAAAACGUAGGACACUUCAACCCCAACGUACUUAUCUGGCACCGUCAGCUUGCAAAUUCUGA